AAAAAAAGAAAAUUCGCUUUAAUUGUCGUUGAAAAGCUACAAAAAAUAAAUCAGCAAGAUGUCCGAGUACUGGCUUAUUUCAGCCCCUGGCGAUAAAACCUGCCAGCAAACUUUUGAUACCAUGAACAAUCUCACCAGCAAACAAAAUAAUUUGUGUAACAACUUUAAGUUCCAUAUUCCCGAUCUGAAGGUUGGUACUCUCGAUCAAUUGGUGGGUCUCUCCGAUGAUUUGGGUAAAUUGGAUACUUAUGUUGAACAAAUUACCCGUAAAGUUGCCGCCUAUUUGGGUGAGGUCUUAGAAGAUCAACGCGAUAAAUUGCAUGAGAAUUUGCUCGCCAACAACACCGAUUUACCCAACUACAUUACACGCUUCCAAUGGGAUAUGGCCAAGUAUCCAAUUAAGCAAUCUUUGCGUAAUAUUGCCGAUAUCAUUUCUAAACAAGUUGGCCAAAUUGAUGCCGAUUUGAAGACAAAAUCAAAUGCCUAUAACAAUUUGAAGGGUAGUUUGCAAAACUUGGAAAAGAAACAAACUGGCAGUUUGUUAACCCGUAACUUGGCUGAUUUGGUUAAAAAGGAACAUUUCAUUUUGGAUUCCGAGUACUUAACCACACUUUUGGUCAUUGUACCAAAAAUGUUGGCCAACGACUGGAUGGCUAACUAUGAGAAAAUCACCGAUAUGAUUGUGCCACGUUCAUCGACGUUGAUUACCCAAGACAAUGAUUACUGCCUGUACAAUGUUACCUUGUUCAAGAAGGUUGUCGAAGAAUUCAAGUUACAUGCCCGCGAAAAGAAAUUCAUUGUACGCGAUUUCGUUUACAAUGAAGAGGAAUUGGCCGCUGGCAAAAAUGAAAGAACCAAAUUGAUUACCGACAAGAAGAAGCAAUUUGGCCCUUUGGUCAGAUGGUUGAAGGUUAACUUCAGUGAAGCCUUCUGUGCUUUGAUCCAUGUCAAGGCAUUGCGUGUCUUUGUUGAAUCUGUUUUAAGAUACGGUUUGCCUGUCAAUUUCCAAGCCAUUCUCAUUGAACCCAACAAGAAGAGCAUAAAGCGUCUACGUGACUGCUUGAAUCAAUUGUAUGGCCAUUUGGAUGGUGCUUCAGCUGGUGGUCAAUUGUCUGGCAGUGGUGCUGAUAAUGUUGAUAUUCCCGGCUUAGGUUUCGGACAAGCUGAAUACUAUCCAUAUGUAUUCUAUAAAAUCAACAUCGAUAUGAUAGAAGCUGCUAAAAUGUAAAACCUGAGCUGUAUUGUUUUUCCAUGGAACAAAGGAG